GAGAGCGACAUAGAGAGAGGAGAGAGCGUGAGAAUGGAGAAGAAGUACGAACAGUUUAAAGGGCAGCCGAGGCUGCCGAAAUUCGCUGUCCCGAAACGUUACGAUAUCAACCUCAAACCAGACCUCGUCACCUGUAAGUUUGCCGGUGCCGUCAAAAUCACUGUCGACGUUGUCACCGGCACUAAGUUCAUCGUCCUCAACGCCGUCGAUCUCGUUGUUGACCGCAACUCGCUGCACUUCACAGAUACCAGCGGCUGCAAGGUAGCGGAGGUUUUGGGGGUUGAACUUUUCGAAGAGGAUGAGAUCAUGGUGGUGGAGUUUCCUCAGAAACUGCAGCUUGGACUUGGGGUUUUGUGCAUUGCCUUUGAAGGAACCUUAAAUGACAAAAUGAAAGGCUUCUACAGAAGGUUUCUCUCUCUAUUUAUAUAGGAAAAUGAGUGAGAGUACUAAUUAGUGCUAUCAUUAAUGAUGUGACAGUGGGUUUCACCAGAAAUGAUUUAAUGUUUUGGUCUUGGUGUUAUAUUU